GGGGUAAGUCGGAGGCCCGCAGUGCGCUGAGGUUCUUGGUCACAUCUGGUUUAAAGGCUGGCGUGAGGGCUGCCCCGUUCAUCAUCCGUACCUCCAUCCCUGUCCGUCCGGUGUGAGGAUCGACCACAGAUGGGUUGAACUGAAGAUUCUAAUUAUUUGCUUCUGAAUGAAUGUCCGUAAUGAUUCUGUCAAGGUUGUCUUUGCAACUUGUGAAAACGCACAGAUUUCCAGGAACACAUGCUCUUUUUGGCUCUGUUUUUCAACAAUGUAGUGCAUUACCCAGAAAUUGUUAUGCAUCACUAAGUCAAAACAAGGUGAAACCACAGCAUUGGUGUGCAUUAGAUCAUGAACUGGAAGAGCUCUUGAUUCCACGAAAAUUGUCCAUUAGCCCUUCAGAAAGUUGGCUAACAAUUAAAUACUGGGCACCCAGUUUGGACCUAAACCAUGGACGAGGUAUUGGUAUAGGUUUAUGGAAUCCUCCUCAGCUGUAUGACUGCCCUCCUGUGGAGGGAUCCCAACAUUUUCAAGAGGAUGGAGCAGUAAUGAACUACAAAGUAGACAACAUCGAAUGUAAGAAUGUACUGAAGAUUCGCAGGCGAAAGAUGAACAGGCACAAGUACAAGAAGUUACUGAAACGUACAAAGUUUUUGCGUAGGCGAGUCAAGGAGAUUCGUAGAAGAAGGCGGCAGCUAAAGUUUGAGAGGAAUUUGAAACAAGUCUGGAAAAAAGCUGGACUGAAGAAACCACCCGAAGGCUGGCAGGCACCGAAGAUAUAUGUGAAACGAUACCAUGAAAAACCUGAGUGACGCAGGGAACAAAAUAGCUGCAUUCUCUAUGGAGUGAAGUAUGAUAUCUUGAGUUAUAGCUGUCUGGAAUCCUGUUUUAGAAUUAAAAUCAAGUUGUUUAUAUCA